GAUCAGAAGUGCCGCGCGCUUCUUUCACAGUCGUCGCCGCCGGUGUUACUUCUGGAGUUGAACAGCAAGCACACAUUCAAUAUGCUCGAUCCCGUGCUUUGUACGGACUUCCUGUACAUGAUGGAUGCUUACCAACUGCAUAUGUCCCGCUGCAAGAGCAGGAAUGCAAUGCCGCUGGCAGCUGUCUUGCAGGGUGCGGGACCUCACCUUUGCCCGGGAGGCAACCAUCACCCCGUGGCUCCUCCGGGAGCCACGCCCUACCAGAUGGCCUCACACGCUUCGUCAUCCUUGUUCGUUGUGCGGAUGAAGGAGUUGUCGAUUCCAAGCGUCGUGGCGAUCACUGGCAACGCAAUCGGCGGAGGAGUGGCCGUGUCGCUCAACUGCACGGAGCGUGUGAUUGCCCAGAAUGGCAGCGCAGCCUUCGGCAACAUCAGCCGAGGUGCGUGUCCGAUCAUGUUUCUGUCGAAGCACCUCCCGCAACAUGUAGGGCUUACGGCUGCGUGA